GUUGCUUACUAUAUCAGUCUUAAGUAUCAUUGAAGGCAUCUUCAGCUGUUCCGUUUUAAACUUGUUUUAGAAUAUUGUUAAAUAUUUUAUCUAAAAGUUAAGGACUUAGAAAUAACUGACUUGAGAUUUAAAGCAGAUGGAGUCUGGCUUCCACGUGGAACGUUAGCAGCUCGCUCCCUUCAAAGUUUAAUCUAGUGAACGACCAAACCACUUCUGAAAAUUCUGAAGACUUUUGUUCAUAACCUGUAACUUCGGCGCUCGAGCUUCAAGAACAUUCUGGACUGACGCAUUUUCAGAAAGAGACGAGACAAAAUGACGUCCACCACGGUUCACUAUGAAAAUGAGUGUCAACCAACGAGUGUGAAUACGAUUUCUUUGCCUGUCGUCCACAGCAGCAGGACAGCGCGUCCGAUAUACUCCACAAACUGGUCGCAAUACCAAUACCUGGAAAAAGAAUUAGCAAAGCUUGGGUACGAUGAAGAAAAUCCACCGCCGGCCGAUCUUCUCGAAUUGCUCAAAACAAAGCACAAGGACUAUGAACCAAACGAGGAGAGGAAAGUUUGUUCUUCUCCAGCAAGAGAGCGAAAAGAUAUCAAAACGUGUGAGAGCAUGCAUGAAGCCAUUCUUUCCCCCAGGAAAGAAAUAAAACCCAGCCCAUACAGCAUUACAUACAAAAGAAGCCAAAAAAUCGUUGUGCCUCGUUACGUAGAUGUCAACUCGUUACCUAAAAACACUGUUCUAGGAGUUCCGUUUAAUACGGCAAGUCUGCUCUUUCGACAGUGUCAACAUCAGACGUUGAUGACGCAGGACGACGAAGAACUACAACAGCCAACCAAAUAUUCCGAGAUGAAAAAGACAGCCGUCGGAGGAAUUGAAGAUUCAAAGAAUACCGAAGAAGCGGAAUCUGAAAAAGCUAUUGGCAUGAAGUCCGCUGGACUGGAUUCUCAUAACUUAGAUUCUAUAGAAUACAAUACAGAGUAUUUCCAGCAACAUUAUGAACAGCCACUCGACAAAUAUGAUGCUAUCAAUAAUUUUAUCGCUGCAGCUCGUCAUGAUGCUUCUGACACGAGAAGCAUUGUCUCUAAUGCAUCAAGCAACUGUACCGAGAGUGCCGACCUUCAAUAUUCACGCGAGCAGGAAGAAAUGUAUCCUAAUGCACUGUUUCGGCCUUCCCCCACCAAGUCUAAGAGUGAAUCUUUAAUAGUAGAGCCUCCAACCUCACCGUCGAGUGUUGCAAGAGAGUCUUUCUUCUCCGGAAAUCAACUGCAGUUUGCGACACUCCAAGCCCUCCAAAAAUAUUUGAUAGCCCGAAGUUCCUCAUUGGUCGGUUUUAACUCGGGUUACGGUUAUGCUUUUGAUACUUCCAGCUGUUCCUCGAUUAUUGCAAACUCCAAUAGUGAGAGUGCCGACCUUGAAUCAGCAUGCGAGCAGGAAGAAAUGUAUCCCAGUCUGGGGAGAAACUAUUCCCCCGUGACUGCUCACAAUGACUCUUUAAGAGUCGAGCCUCCAACCUCGCCUUCACGUGCUCCAUCAGAGUCCUCUGAAAAUCUACCUCAAUCCUCAUCAGUCUGCUACACGGGCUGUGGCUCUACACCAUAUUUCUUGUCGGCGAGUGCUGCUGCGAAUUUUUGGGAUGAUCCAUCAGGCUCAGACGAACUUCCAAAAGUCAAGGCUAAUUCUGCGCAUUUUAGUAACUUAAAUAAUUUAUCUGACUCUCCACCGACGAAAACUUCUUCAAUCACCAUUGGUUCUGCAUCAAAAUAUUUCCCGCCUGUGGCAAAAACACAGGAACAAUUCGCCCCAUAUUGCUCUAUUUCCUGCACCACUACCGAAAAACGUCUGAAUUCGGAGACUUGUCUUCCAUCGCGCAAUGGGAUCGCGCACGAUGAUGCUUCAUGUGAUUCUAGAAUGUGCGAUCCAUCUUCUGGAAAUAUCGCUCGGACCAUUGCAUCAAACAUCCACUCAAUAACCCAUAAUACCACUGAAUUUAUUCCUUCUUCAAACUCAAAUGAAGCGCUUCCUUCGAGUUACGACUUCGCCACUGGGUAUAUGCCAGCGUAUCAAGAGGCCUCUAAUUCCGUUGUCUCUGGCCCCGAGACCCAGUAUAAGCUCAUGCACGGGCAAACAAAUAAAUGUCAUGCCUCAGACAAUGACUUUUGUAUCUCACAUGUUCGGUAUCCCACUAUUACUACUACUGAUCACGGGUCUUCGACCCACCCUACAACAUCACCCUACGCACCUGUAGCUUCUUCAUACGCUACACCAGCACUUAACUCAUCGACAACAGCUUCACGUCUGCCACGGAAUAGUAGCAACUCGUUUCAUUCUUCUAUUACCCAGCCAAAUUUAAAUUAUCAAUUCGAUGUGGAUUAUUAUCCGUAUCUACUGACACCGCGUGCAGAGAAUGGUUUGAACGAGCUGCCUGGGAGCCGACAAGAAAUAUUUUCGGCAGCUCAUAAGUCGGGAGAGCCGAAGAGAGCGCCAGAAAGCGUUGUUGUGGACAUCGGUUACAGUGACUAUGUGAGCCCCUCAAGUAAACCAAGCACAGUUGGAGGUUUCUUGUCUAAGCUCUGGAAGUAACUGUGACUUUUUCCUAAAAGUCGCAAAUGUAUUCCAAGAGUUCUAAAUUGUUGAACACAAAUAAGGAGUAAAUGAUAAGCUGGACAGGCAUCGAUAUCAUCCUUGUGUACUUUCCCUGUUGUUUUAAUCUAACAUAAAUAAAUGAUAGAAAAUUA